AUGGCGACAUUACCGGUGGAGCAAACAGGUGAAUCACCGACGACGGAAUUGCAGAGAUCCAUUCCGACACCGUUUCUAACCAAAACGUACCAACUCGUGGAUGAUCCUUCUGUAGAUGAUUUGAUUUCAUGGAACGAAGAUGGCACAAGCUUCAUAGUUUGGUUACCUGCUGAAUUCGCAAGAGAUUUGCUUCCGAAGUAUUUCAAACACAAUAACUUCUCCAGUUUUGUUCGUCAGCUUAACACAUAUGGAUUUCGGAAAGUUGUACCUGAUCGUUGGGAAUUUGCCAACGACGGUUUCCGACGAGGGGAGAAGAAUCUACUCCGUGACAUACAGCGGAGGAAAAUAUUAUCGGCUGCAGGAACGCCGAUUGUGACGACGGUAGCUGCGGCGACUAAUGUUGUAACGGUAGCUAUGGCGGCACCGGUUCGAAUGGUGUCUCCAACAACUUCCGGUGAUGAACAGGUGGUUUCAUCGAAUUCAUCUCCGAUUGUGGCGCACAAUAGUGCUACAGUGCACCGUAGCACAAGUUGCACCACUUCGCCUGAAUUAUUUGAAGAGAAUGAAAGGCUUAAGAAAGAGAAUAUGCAAUUGAGUAACGAGUUGAGUCAAUUGAAAAGUCUUUGUAAUAGUAUAUUAUCUAUGAUGAGUAACUAUGCUUCUGGUUUUAGUCGCCAGUUAGAAUCGUCUACUAGCGCAGCAACGGUACGGGCGGCGCUUGUAACUGAAGGAGGGAAAGCGUUGGAUCUUUUGCCUACAAGGAAUGUUUCGUUAGCUGAGGAGGCUGUGGCUGCUAAUGUGGGUGGUGGUGUUGCUGGUGGUGGUGGUGCAUCGGGUGAGAUGGCGAAUAUGGCUGGUAAUGCCGGUGGUGGUGGUGCAUGGUGUGAGACGGCAAAUUUGGCUGAACCUGAGCAUGGGAAUGGGGCUCAAGUUCCUAAACUAUUUGGGGUUUCUAUUGGGCUUAAACGAUGUAGGAGAGAGUGUGAGGUUGAACCGGAGAGAGAGGAACGGGAGCAACAUCAAAUGCCAAUGCAAAUGCAAACACAAUCCUCUCAGGAACAUGAUCGAGAAUCAGAUGUGAAAUCGGAACCGCAUGAUGGCAAUGAUGACUCGGCUGAUCAAGAGCAUCGUUGGGAUUUGAUGAAAUAA